GGCGUCGGCCAUGUGCCUCAGUCAGAUGCUGUUUUGUACGAGGAGCCUUAUUGUAACAGCGCACAUAUCAAGAUGGACACUUUCCAUAGGGUGAUCAUCAUCCUGCUCUUGUUCCUCCCAGAGCAUGCAGUGUCAUCAGACAACACUUCAGUAUAUGUGGGCUCUGUGUUUGUGGAGGAGGCUCUUCGCAAGGCGAUUGAGCUGACCGAUGCCGCCUACGCUCACACAAGCGAAAGGGUGAGGAAGUCUCUGUCCGAAGGUGCUCUGAGACCAACUGAUCUUCUGGCUCACUUCAAGCAGACCAAAACCACAAGCAGGACUCACAUUCGGGCCGCCGAGCUGCUGGACAACACGGUGGCGCUGAUCCGAGAAAUGGUCUACACUCGCACUAUACCGCAGCCCAGCGGUCACGAGCUUCUGAGUGAAGCAGAUGAAGAGAAUCUCCUGCAAGCCACUGGCUGCUUGGCUCAGCUGCGCACACCCAGCUGUCCUACUGGCUGUUUGGCAGAACGCUACAGGUCCAUCACUGCACACUGCAACAACAGACAACAUCCCAGAUGGGGCUCUGCAAACAUUCCCUAUUCUCGCUGGUUGCCUCCAGAGUAUGAAGACACGUGGGGGACACCCAGAGGCCGGGAUCCAGAUCAUACCUACCACAACUUCAACCUGCCGCCAGUCCGGCUGGUGUCUCAGGAGGUUCUGUUCACUCGCAAUGACAACAUCUCUCUGGACUCCACUCUGUCCCACCUACUGGUCGAGUGGGGCCAGUGGAUUGACCACGACCUGGUGCUGACACCCCAGAGCGCCAGCACAGCGGCUUUCCGGACUGGGGCGGACUGCACCCGCACCUGCAGCCGGGAUUCGCCCUGCUUCCCCAUAGAAAUUCCACCAUCUGAUCCACGGUACGGCAUCCAGAGUUGCAUGCCCUUCUUCCGCUCUGCACCAAGUUGUGUGGCUAGAGUCGGGCCUCAUUUGCACCGUGAGCAGCUCAACGCCAUCACCUCCUUUGUGGACGCCAGCAUGGUGUACGGUAGUUCAGAUAACCAGGCUCUGGAGCUGCGUGACCAUUCCUCACCACUCGGCUCGAUGGCCCGCAACUCGCGGCACUCGGAUGGGGAGCUGGCCUACAUGCCCUUCUUGCCUCGCCCGCAAGCUCACUUGGAUCCCUGCGGCCCGAGAGAGGGUUCCACGCCUCGGGACAACGGCACAUCGUGCUUCCAAGCCGGUGAUUCAAGAGCCAAUGAACAUCUAGGCAUGGUGGUCCUGCACACACUCUUCUUGCGAGAGCACAACCGUCUGGUCAAAGAGCUACAUGACCUAAACCCCCACUGGAGUCCCGACACCCUCUACCAGGAGGCCCGGAAGAUCAUUGGAGCCAUCCACCAGAUCCUCACGUGGGAACAUUACCUACCGCGGAUCCUCGGAGAGAAAGCCAUGUCCGGGCAGAUGCCUCCCUACAAGGUCUAUGACCCCGACGUGGAUCCCAGCGUUGCCAACAUCUUUGCCACCGCCGCUUUUCGUUUUGCUCAUGUCACCGUGCAGCCGACCGUAACCAGACUUGGGCCUGGGUACGCCGCUAACUCCCACUAUCCUUCGCUCCCCCUGCAUCAUUCUUUAUUCGCCUCAUGGAGGGUUGUCCAGGAGGGUGGCAUAGACCCAGUGCUGCGUGGCCUCCUGCUGUCUCCUGCAAAGCUACAAACUCCUGGUCAGAUGAUGGUGGAGGAGCUUACAGAGCAUCUGUUUCAGGCGCAAGGUGGAAUGCCUCUGGACCUCGGGGCCCUAAACCUUCAGAGGGGCCGGGACCACGGCCUACCAGGAUACAGCUCAUGGCGAAGGUUCUGCGGUCUUUCUGUUCCCAACACAACAUUGACGCUGGCAGACAUUCUGGGUAAUCCAACUCUUGCUCACAAAUUCGAGCAACUGUACGGUACGGCGCACAACAUCGACGUGUGGGUGGGGGCCAUCUCUGAACCGGCUCUACCCGGAGGCCGAGUUGGACCACUAUUGUCCUGCCUGCUGGCCAGACAGUUCAGAGCCCUGAGAGACGGCGACAGGUUUUGGUGGGAGAGGGAGGGAGUGUUCACCAACACGCAGAGGACACAGCUCCACGCCGUCUCUCUGUCACGAAUCAUUUGUGACAACAGCCACAUCACCCACGUGCCUGUAGACCCCUUCUCACGCACAGAGAACCCAGACGCCAUGCUGGCCUGCUCCAGCCCGCUCAUCCCAAACCUCGACCUCAGCCCGUGGAAAGAACCACACUCAGAUCCAAACUGCGGUCCCAUACCCAGAAUUCAAUCCGGCUACUCCCUGCUCUGUGACUCUGUGAUUAUCUACGAGUGUCAACCUGGUUUUGAGCUGCAAGGUUCUUCAACUAUCAGCUGUGACGUACAAAGUCAGCAAUGGAACUCACCACUUCCAACAUGCCAGGACUUGAAUGAAUGUGAGCAAAAAAUUCCAGUUUGCCCGCAAAACAUGGAGUGUCUCAACCUCCCAGGUUCCUUUUCUUGCACAGGUUGGUUAGUUAGGGAAUUUCUCAAGCGAACCCUUUCCACGUACCCCACAUACUCCAGACUUGCACUCGGUGCACUGUGCAUUAGCUUCUUUUGUGAAUACCGUUUUUGUACACUGAUCCAGAGUUAUCAUCGCCAUCCGCCGUGUCGGUUGUGAUGGCAGCCAUAGUCGUGAUCAGUGGCGUUGCCGGAAUGCUGAUGAUCCUUAGCUGUUUUCAAAGGUGUUUGGUAAACAAAGACAAGCUGGUCUGCGCUGGAUGUUGCCAAGGGAAAAGUUAAGCAACCACUUUAUUUAUUAAUUAAAAAAAAA